AUGCCUAUCAAUUUUAUCACUUUCACUAUUGUUAUAUUACUACCAUCGUCUGUGUAUUCAUUACGAGAACAAUGUUGCAAAGAUCUUGGCGUUCCCGAGAAAUGCUAUCAGCCACUGUGUAAUCCUUCGAAAAUACCAAAAGUGAUGCUUCGCUACAAAAUAUUUGAUCCAGACAUAAACUGUCACCCUUAUUUACUUCCUAUUUCUCAAUGCCUAUCAAAAGGAAGAGACGUGAGCAGUUGCUGUUACAAAAAUGCAUAUGAUCUUGAGUUUGAUUAUUGCUUUGGAUUAUGCAAUGGAACUAUGCACUUUGAUUACUCCCGAAAAAAAGACUUUUUAUCAUGCUUCGUUUUGCAUGUUGUUUCAAUAUUUCCUUGCUUAACAUCCAGCUAUGAAUCUUCCCCGUCAGAAGCUCGGGAGUUGACAAUAGACGAGAAAACAGAGAAUUCCGUCAGUAUCAAAUGGAAGGAGCCAACUGAAUCACCGGAUCUAGUCGAUCAUUAUACAAUUCACUUAAUUGAGCGAACAGGAGUGUCAGAAACCGAGUCCGUAUUCACAACAGAAGAUAUUGAAUACACCCUGGAAGGCCUGUCAUCAAGUUUUUCGUACAGUGUACAUGUGGUUGCUCACGCACCAGUUCAUAACGACGAUAGGAAUUGGUUCAAGUCAAGAAUAUCAAACGUCAUAUUGUUCACAACUGAAGACGCAUUAAUUGUUGCGAAAAGCGAAGAUCGACUACCUUCAAAUGUUGCAUCUCACUAUUUAUAUUGCAAAAUGAGGACAAUUUUUAAUGCUGAAAGUUCAAUCGAAUGGGUUAAAAUAAGUGCAAAUGGCGAAGAAAUAAUCACAACGGAUAAAAAAUAUUCCAUUGUUUCUUAUCAAUCAGAGUUGGAUUCGAAAACUAUUGUAUCAUCGUUGAAGAUUUUCGAUUUUAAAGAUUCGGAUUUUUCUACCUAUCGAUGUUAUAUCAAGGAUACACGAAUUGAGUACUCAGAAACUGUGAUUGUAAAAAUUGAUUUUAGUGAGCAAGCACCAAAUAGUAUUCCACCGGAUACGUUGCUUGAAUGCUGCUCAAAAUAUAAUCAUAAAUCAGAUUGUCAGUCAGUGUGCUCACAAGGUACUGAUGAUAGGAGAUCUAUGUUGAGACCAGGUGCAUUUCUUCCACCUCCAAAAAAUUGCGAGAAAGAAGUGGAUCACCUCUUUAAAUGCUCCAUAUCUCGCCUAAAUAGUGCAGCAUGCUGUAUUCACUCGGAGGUGUCAUUCUUUUGCUUGGGAAUGUGUGAUGUUAAAUUCGAUAUUGAUCCGCAGCGGGUGAAAUCCUGCCGAAAACAUGUGACAAAUAUUAUUGCAUGCAAGCUGGAUGAAAAAAAUACGCGGCCUGAAGCAGUAUCUAACGUGAUAACGACACAUGUCUAUGUCUACACGUUUCGAUUUUCUUGGGACAAAGCACUCGAUGCAAAGGCUUAUCAUGUCUACAGUAGAAAACGCGAAGGGGAUUGGACGGUUCGUGUGACACUGGAUCACUCCGUAGAUAUUGUUGAUUCUGAUGAGGUCGUUCUAAUUUCUGUCAACGAAUUUGGUCCUUCCGAACAACAUCGGCUUUACUAUGAUGAGGACGGAUGGCUUACUGUAGAUCAUUGGUGA